AGUGCUUGCUUUUCCAUCUGCGGGAGUACCACCGCACGCGCAGAGUUGCAGCUGACCCGCAGGACUGCACACUGCACCAACGCCGUCAUGACUGGGGAGGGGUAUUACAAGGGUCAGGCGCAUCUGCGCCGCCUCUAUGCCGCCCCGGACAGUCCGAACGAGAUCAUCGCGACGUGCGACAAGGCGUACGUGCCGUACCUCACCUACACACCCGCCACCCGCUCCGUGGCCGUCUCACCGAAGAGCCGUGCGGGUGUGCCGCGUGUCUCUUUGCCCUUUCCUGCCAUCGACCUGGCCUGGUGCCCGUUCAAGAAGGGCGAGAGCGAAGCCUCCUUUGUCACGGCGAGUCGGGAUCAGCCGCUGCAGCUGUGGGACGUGGAGGACGCCUCCCUGCGUGCAUCCUACGUGGCCACCAACGACAGCGACUACCAUGUGCACGCGCACGCGGUGUGCUGGUUUGGCAGCGCGAGCCAUCCGCACUGGAUUGCCGGCGGCUACGGCGGCUUUGAGGACGCCACCGCGGUGCGUGUGUUCGACGUGCUGGUGGAGGGCAGCCAGCCUGUGUGGGCGUACAGCGCCACGCGCAGCCACGGACUCGUGUCCGCACUGCGGGACUGUUCGUGGCCGGGCACAACGUCUCUCUUGGCUGUCGGCUACCACAAUGUGCCGUCGGUGCACCUGAUCGACUGCCGCAGCCGCUGCCCCGCUGCGGAGCUGCACGGGCUGCAGCACGGUGUGCAGACGCUACGCGUUUCCGCUGAGGACCCGCUGCGUGUGUACGCUGGGGGCAGCCAGGGCGAUGGCCGCAUCGCCUGCUGGGACCUGCGGCGGCCGCGAGCCCCUGUCUUUACGCUGGCGCGGCCUGCGAAGACGAACCAAGUCUUUGAGUUCGACCUGCUCCCUUCGCCGUCGCCCGCGGCGCCUCGUCGGCUGGUCACGACCUCCUCUGCGGGUGGCGUUGUGCUGUACAGCUGGGCGGUGGGUUCGGCUCCGAGCGACGGCACCGGCACCGUGUUUGGUACCUCCGUGGGCCCGACCAGCGGGCUGACCGUGGUGGAUGCGGCCACGGUGGUGGUUACCAGCGGCAGUCGCGUGUACGGCCACUACUCGAGGAAUCUGUUGACAGCGGCAAAGGAGAGCGGUUCGCCGAGCGGGGCCAAAGACGCGGCGGGGGACGAGGGGAGCUACGCGGACGCCCCGGCGUUUCCGCAGCGCCGACGCGCCCGCUCGCCCAUGACGGACGGCUCCGAUGACGAGGGCGGCUCUGCGGGCCGGGGCGCGAGCGACGGUGAGGCUGCUGCUGAGGCGACCAAUGCUGCAGUCAUUGCGCUAGGAUAA